AUGUCCGUUAUACGGUACAUAUGUAAUGAAACUACCAGAUUUCACACUUUUGUUGCAAACAGGGUUGCGUUGAUCAGAGAAGCUACAGAUGUUGAACAGUGGAACUACAUAGACUCAAAGUCUAACCCAGCGGACAUGGCGUCAAGAGGUAUCAAGAUGAAGAGACUGAUAAACUCAAGUAUUUGGUGGAAUGGACCAAUCAAAACUGGAAACCAAGAUCAAGAGGACUUGAAAAUUGGGAUUGAUGAUCCAGAAGUUAAGUGCAAUGUCAAUAGCACAAUGACUGAAACAUGUGAUGUGAUAGACAAACUAUUCCUCCAUUUUUCAGACUGGAUGAACUUAAAGAGAUCUGUUGCAUGGAUUCUUGCAGUGAAAGAAGAACUUGCGCGACGAGUGAAGAUAAAAAAACAAACAGUCACAGAUUUCCAAGAAAAGAACAAGAAAAAGAAAGAUGAACAGUCACAAAAAAUGAAGAUUAAAACAAGAGUUGCGAAAGAACUGUCAACCAAGAUGAUAGAUGAAGCAGAAGAGUCCAUUGUACAAUAUGUGCAGUCACAACAUUAUUCAGCUGAAAUAUGUGAUCUGCAGCAGAAACGGAAUUCCAGACAAAUCAAGCACUAUUCAUCCCUGCGCAAACUUGAUCCCAUUCUUUCAAGAGGCAUACUUCGAGUUGGAGGUCGAAUUGACAAAGCAGAACUUUCUUAUGAUUCUAAACAUCCUAUCAUACUGCCAAAGAACUCUCCUAUCACUGAAGUCAUCGUGAGAGAUGGUCACAAACGGGUUGGCCAUUUAGGGAAAAACACAAUGCUGUCUGAACUUCGUCAAAAGUUUUGGAUUGUAGGAGCAGGAAAUGUAAUCAAAAGUGUCGUGUCUAAAUGCAUAACAUGCAGAAAAUAUCAGGGUCAAACUCUGGGACAGAAGAUGGGUGACUUGCCGCAAAGAAGAUUGUCAACUGAUGAACCGCCAUUUACCAACACAGGAAUGGAUUUCUUCGGACCAAUAUUGGUGAAACGUGGGAGAGUCUGUGUCAAACGUUAUGGUGUAGUUUUCACCUGUUUAGCCAGGAAGUGGCGCACAGCCUCGACACAGAUUCAUGUAUAA